AUGGCAGGGGGAGACCCAGAGAGGAAUAAAAGACUAGUCCUUAUAGGAGUCUCAACCUUCUUAUUGGUGGCCAUGGUGGUGGCCGUCACACUCAGCGUCACCUUGAACAAGAACUCCAGCGAUGGUUCAAAGGCAGAAGACCAGAGCCAUGUUGCAUCGUCGGUGAAAGCGGUGAAGACCCUCUGCGCCCCUACAGAUUACAGAGAGGAAUGCGAGCAGUCAUUGUCCGCAGAAGCCGGCAACACCACGGAUCCAAGGGAACUCAUCAAGAUCGCAUUUAACAUCACUAUCAAGAGGAUCACCGAUGGCCUUGAGCAGACCCAGAUGCUUCAGGAAUUGGAGAACGACCCCAUGGCCAAGCAGGCUCUCGACUCUUGCAAGCAACUCAUGGACCUCUCCAUUGACGAGUUCAACAGGUCCCUCGACAAGCUUGGAAGGUUCGACCUCAACAACAUCGACAACAUUCUCAGCAGCUUGAAGGUCUGGCUCAGCGGUGCCAUCACCUACCAGGAGACCUGCCUUGACGGCUUCGAGAACACCACCAGCAGCGCCGGCGAGCAGAUGAAGGAAUUGUUGAGGACCGCCAUGCACAUGAGCAGCAAUGGCCUCGCCAUCAUCACCGAGCUCGACAAGACCAUGAGCGCCAUGCAUUUCCCCUCCACCCAGCCCGCCGGAGCCCGCCGCCUGAUGUCCGAGGACGACGAGGACCAGGACCAGGACCAGGAGCUCCCCGAGUGGAUCGAGGACCGCAUCGCCGUCCGCAAGCUUAUGGCUACUGUUGGUGGCGGAAGAAGGAUCAAGGCUCACGUGACAGUUGCAAAGGAUGGUUCUGGUGAUUUCCAGACCAUCGCAGAAGCCUUGAGAAAGGUUCCUUCAAAUAACAAGAAGCCCUUCAUCAUCCACAUCAAGGAGGGUGUCUACCAGGAGUACCUUGAAGUCCCCAGGAACUUGACCCACGUUGUCUUCAUCGGCGAUGGUGGUCACAAGACCCGCAUCACCGGCGAUAAGAACUUCAUCGAUGGCGUUAACACUUACAAGACCGCCACCGUUGCCGUUCAAGGAGACUACUUCGUUGCAAUGGGAGUAGGAUUCGAGAACUCAGCCGGAGCAGCGAAGCACCAGGCAGUGGCUCUGAGGGUGCAAGCAGACAAAUCCAUCUUCUACAAGUGCAGAAUGGACGGUUACCAAGACACACUGUACGCCCACACCAUGCGUCAGUUCUACAGAGACUGCGUGAUCUCAGGCACCAUCGAUUUCGUGUUCGGAGAUGCAGUGUCAGUCUUCCAGAACUGCACCUUCGAGGUGAGGAAGCCAUUGGCAAACCAACAGUGCAUUGUGACAGCACAAGGCAGGAAGGAGAGGUACCAGCCAACAGGAAUUGUGAUCCAGGGUGGUUCCAUCGUGUCCGACCCAGAAUACUUCCCAGUUAGGUUCACCAACAAGGCCUUCCUUGCUCGUCCAUGGAAGAAUUACUCAAGGACCGUCUUCUUGGAUACCUACCUUGAUGACUUGGUCACCCCCGCCGGUUACAUGCCAUGGCAAACAGCCGAGGGACUCUCCGGCAUGGACACUUGCUACUACGCUGAGUUCGGCAACCGUGGUCCCGGAGCUGACAACACCAACCGUGUCAACUGGCUUGGUAUCAAGAAAAACUUCACAGCACAAGCAGCAAACAUGUACAACCCAACCAACUUCUUCCGUGGAGAUGAAUGGAUCAAGGUUACCAAGAUUCCCUACAACCCUGGCCAGCCCGCUCCCGCCAGUAACAGUAAUUUUGCCGCCGCCUUGUUGCGCCGAGUUGCAGCUGCCCCUAGAAGCAGCCCUUCCUCCUCCUCCCCUGCUCCUGCUUCUUCUCCGACCGGGGCCGCCACCACCACUGCCACCUCCUCCCCUGCUCCUUCCCCUGCUAAUCUCUAA